GUCUAUGCAAUAUUAGUUAGCCACCCUCCUGCUCCCAACGAUCACCUAACACCAACACCCGUAUCAUACACAGCUGGCUUCUACAGGAUCCCUGUCAUUGGUCUGACAACACGCAUGUCUAUAUAUUCUGAUAAGAGCAUCCACCUGUCCUUUUUGCGCACGGUCCCACCAUACUCUCACCAGGCCAAUGUCUGGUUUGAGAUGAUGAGAGUCUUCAACUGGAAUCACGUCAUUCUGAUAGUCAGUGACGACCACGAAGGUCGUGCUGCACAAAAGAAGCUGGAGACCCUCCUGGAGGAGAGAGAGUCCAAGAGUAAAAAAAGGAACUAUGAAAACCUCGACCAACUUUCCUAUGACAACAAGCGAGGACCCAAGGCUGAGAAAGUCCUUCAGUUUGACCCCGGAACCAAAAACGUGACGUCGCUGCUGCUGGAGGCUAAGGAGCUGGAGGCUCGUGUCAUCAUCCUUUCUGCCAGUGAGGAUGAUGCGGCCACGGUGUACAGAUCAGCAGCCAUGCUCAAUAUGACGGGCUCCGGCUACGUGUGGCUGGUGGGGGAACGGGAGAUAUCGGGCAAUGCCCUGCGUUACGCCCCUGAUGGAGUGAUCGGUUUGCAGCUCAUCAAUGGGAAGAACGAGUCAGCCCACAUCAGUGACGCUGUGGCGGUGGUGGCCCAGGCCGUGCACGACUUGUUUGAGAAGGAGAAUAUCACAGACCCGCCACGGGGCUGCGUGGGCAACACCAACAUCUGGAAGACAGGACCCCUUUUCAAGAGGGUGUUGAUGUCCUCCAAGUACUCAGAGGGCGUCACCGGGCGGGUGGAGUUCAAUGAGGAUGGAGACAGGAAGUUUGCCAACUAUAGCAUCAUGAACCUGCAGAAUCGGAAACUGGUCCAAGUUGGGAUUUACAAUGGCAGCCAUGUCUUAACCAAUGACCGGAAGAUUAUUUGGCCAGGGGGAGAAACUGAGAAACCUCAAGGCUAUCAGAUGUCGACCAAGUUGAAGAUUGUGACGAUUCACCAAGAGCCCUUUGUGUAUGUGAAGCCCACACAAGCAGAUGGGACAUGCAGGGAAGAAUUCACCAUCAAUGGAGAUCCUGUAAAAAAGGUCUUUUGCACUGGACCCAACGAAACCAUCCCAGGCCGCCCCACCGUGGCACUGUGCUGCUAUGGCUUCUGCAUCGACCUGCUCAUCCGGCUGGCAGGGGUGAUGAACUUCACCUACGAGGUUCACCUGGUGGCUGAUGGUAAAUUUGGUACCCAAGAGCGGGUUAACAACAGCAACAAGAAGGAGUGGAACGGGAUGAUGGGGGAGCUGCUGAGCGGCCAGGCGGACAUGAUUGUGGCUCCUCUCACCAUCAACAACGAGCGGGCACAGUACAUCGAGUUCUCCAAGCCCUUCAAGUACCAGGGCCUCACCAUCCUUGUGAAGAAGGAAAUCCCCCGCAGCACCUUGGACUCGUUCAUGCAGCCCUUCCAGAGCACACUUUGGCUGCUGGUGGGGCUGUCUGUGCAUGUGGUGGCAGUGAUGUUGUACCUCUUAGACCGAUUCAGCCCGUUUGGCCGAUUCAAAGUGAACAGCGAGGAGGAGGAGGAAGAUGCCCUGACCCUCUCCUCAGCCAUGUGGUUCUCCUGGGGAGUCCUGUUGAACUCCGGCAUCGGAGAAGGUGCUCCCCGGAGUUUCUCUGCCCGUAUUCUUGGCAUGGUGUGGGCUGGCUUUGCUAUGAUCAUUGUGGCUUCAUACACUGCCAACCUGGCAGCCUUCCUGGUGUUAGACCGGCCUGAGGAGAGAAUCACGGGCAUUAACGACCCCCGGCUGCGCAACCCCUCUGAUAAGUUCAUCUACGCCACGGUGAAGCAGAGCUCAGUGGACAUCUACUUCCGACGGCAGGUGGAGCUGAGCACCAUGUACCGGCACAUGGAGAAGCACAACUACGAGAGCGCGGCUGAAGCCAUCCAGGCAGUGAGGGACAACAAGCUCCACGCCUUCAUCUGGGACUCGGCGGUGCUGGAGUUCGAAGCCUCCCAGAAGUGUGACCUGGUGACAACAGGGGAGCUUUUCUUCCGCUCCGGCUUCGGGAUCGGGAUGCGCAAGGACAGCCCAUGGAAGCAGAACGUCUCCCUGGCCAUCCUCAAGUCC